AUGUACGAGGCCUGCUGUUCCGACCUGGUGGAAAGCGUGUACCAGACUCGCACCAGCGCCCUCCUCCUGGGCCUGAACGGCGCCGACGGCGCCACCGACGCCGUCAUGGGCUUUGCAGGUGUCCCAAGCUCUGUGGACUCGGCCGGCUUCCUCCUGAGGGCAGCCGUGCACCUGCUGGACGCCUGCAGCGGGCCUGAAGGAGGCACAAAUCCCUGGCAGCUCGGCUGCCGCAUCGUCAGUGCCAGGUCAGGCUCUCUGACAGACCUCCUCGCCGCCCAGCGACCCCUGGGGAAGCCAGGGCAGGCCGCCCUCGCCCCCAUCGCCAGCCUCAAGGACCUGCUGUCCAUCCUGAGGGGGGGUAUCCUUGCCUCGUCCAAUCUGGAUGAGCCCGGCUUGGUCCUUGCCUCCCUGGUCCUCGCCCCGCCAGACAAGGCGUGCUCCCCCUUUGGCGUGCACUUCCUCUCCGUGUCGUCCAGCAGCCUGGCCAGGGCGCCAUCGGCCGGACACCGCGACGUGAGCCCCCUCCGCGCCCUGCUGAAGGCGGCGGGCCUCCCUGGUGGAGCCCUGCUCGUGGACAUCGAGGCCGCCGCCCCAGCCGUGUGCAUCGCGUGCCUGCCGUCGGAGGUGGCGGAUGCGGAAUGCAUGCUGGCAGCCAUGAACUGGCUGGGCCUCGAGCGCAGCGAGACAGGGGGGCUGUCGGCCGGACGCCGAGCGGGGACGCCGCGCACGCUGCCACGCAGUGCCCCCCCCGCCGCCCCUGGCGACGACGAGGCCGAGGCGCUGAGCGUGCUGCAGGCCGCGGUCUCCGCCUGGGCCGCGGCGCCGCGCGCCAGGCUGCUGGACGUGCUGACCCGGGACGAGGUGGGCCCCGGCGACCCCUCGGCCCCACGUCCCGCCGCGCUGGGGUCGGGCGACAUCCUGGCGGCGCUGGAGCGCAGCGUGGGCGCCGCCGGCCACGGCGCGGGCGAGUGGCUGGACGGCCUGGCGGCCGCCGCGGACCUGAACACGGCACGCGCGCUGCCCACGCUGCGCGAGCGGAAGACCUUGUUCAGGCGCGCACUGUACGCGCUGCGCCUGGGGCGGCGCGGCGCGGCGCAGUGA